UAGACCAAGCUCAAACCUCUGCCAUCUUCUGCACAUUUCACAUGAUAUCGGUUUAGCUUUCGUUUUACUUACAUAAAAUUCAUGAAUUAAAUGCACUUUUAUUUUAAUAGUACAAACUUGAGAACUAUUUGAGGGGAUUUAAAGAUUUAGCGGAAAUUCAAUAGUGAUUGGCAGCACUGAUUGAAAGUUUGAAGUACUGUCAUUUUUAGAAAAGAAACGAAGCGGCGUCGCUCAAAAGUCAAGAAGCCUUAUUUGCAAUCCGUAAGUAGCUAAACAUGACUUCGCAAGUAACUCCACCAUCAGUAUCUUGGGCUCAGCGAAACGCUCGUAUCUUUUUAACAUUCAAUGUUGAAUGUGAAAAGCCUGAUAUAAACAUUGAACCUAAAUCGAUUACGUUCAAAGGAAUAUGCGAACCAGAAAAAAAAAUGCACGAGGUUUUAAUACCACUUUAUGCUGAAGUUGAUCCUAAAAAGAGCAUGUGGGUUAACAAAGGAAGGUUAAUUGAGGUACUAUUGGCGAAAGAAAAGGUUGAUGAGCCAUACUGGCCUUCAUUAACAAGUGAUAAAAAGAAACACCAUUGGCUUAAAGUGGAUUUUAAUCGCUGGCAAGAUGAAGAUGAAAGUGGAGACGAUUUAGACAAUAUGAAUGACAUGUUUUCGGACAAAGAUAUGAACAUUCAAUUUGGUGGAGAUAAUGAAAAGGAUGAUUCGAGCUCUGGUGAAGAAGAAGAUUUACCUGAUAUAGAAUAAACUGUUGGUCAACAAUUAAAUAGCCAAAAAUUCACUAGUGUUAAGCAUAUGUAAUUAUGGACAAUAUAUUUUGUGCUUUUUGAUUAGAAAUAAGAAAGCACCAAGUCUUACUGUUGUGGUAAAGCUAGGUUAAUUUAGAUUUAAUAAAGGCAAGAAUGUGAGAAACUACAGAAUGUAUGUGCUUCUAAUGUUUUGACUAGCCAGUUUCAGAAACAAACACUUGAACUGUUGUUAUACUUGUAAUAUUAAAUGUUAAGUUCUAUCAUUUUACAUAUAAUAGUGUACAAUGUCCAUUAUUCUGACUUUAAUGGACAUGUUAUCAGUGGCUGGUUCAAAUUCAAGUUUAAAAAUUUUUACUUUGUUAUGUGAAAAAAUACAUUUUAAGUUUUAUAAAAUGGUUUGCUUGUAAAAUUGAAACAUCUUUCAGUUUAAUUAAAACAUUCUGGAAUAAACAAAUGAGAAUCUAUUUAAAUCACAAAUUAUAGCUAUUCACAUAAUAAACUAACAGUUAUUACAAAAGAUAAAUCACUUAUGUUCAAGUGUUUUAAAACUUAUUUUAAACUCAUUUAGAUGAUAUAUAAAAUCGUCUAGACAUAUAUCAUCUAAAACUAUAAGCUUGUUAUGUGUUUUUUUAAAGGCAUUAUCUAUAAGAACAUUAUUAAUAUUAAAACACACUCUUGUAGCAAUAACCAUUUCUGUUCAUCCUUUACAAUUUGCAAACAUGCAAAAUCAAAUUUCUCUUUGCAUGCAAUACAAUACUAAUAAUUUCUAUUUUGUUAAUUUAUUCCUAAUAUAUCUUUGAAUAGAUAUUACGAGAGUUAGGGUUAACCUUGUAAACAUUUUACACAAUUUUAAAGAGAUUUUAGUUUACUGUUCGUUGGGUUUGUAACAUGAUAAAAUUUAGCAUUGUUCAACUGUUAAGACUCAAACAAUUCUUAAAUAUAGGAAACAGUAGAUUUUGUGAUACUAGAAGGAAAAUGGAUGCAAAAAGAAAUUAAAUAUUGAUAAGAUUUAUGUAUCAUUGGCUUAGUGCUCAGUGACCCUGACUACUAUACCACAUGGACCAUGUUCGAUACCCAGUUAGUGUUGAUAUCUCUGUUAAAAAUAUUACAGCACUCAAUAUACUUAUUCUCAUCUUGUUUAUUUCUGGCAUCCUAAUAUAAAGAAAAUAUUAGCUUUUGGCUGUUCUAUGUGAAACAAUUAGGACUUCAGUAACCACUAAACCACCAGACGGGCCGUAAAUUAGUUUACUAUUAAAUAAAUAAAUUAUUUUGAGGUCAGCUGGUACACAAACAUUAUAGAAAUUCCUUGCUUGAUAGACAAACUUCAUUUAUUUUAUAUUACUAUAUGAUGUUUGUCUGUUGGUAACAUUAAUAUUUCAUGUCUAAAACAAUAAAAAAUCUUUAAGUUUUCACACUACACAA